UCCAUUGGCUAUUCGCUCCUUUUUCAUCAGACCAAACGGGAUCUUAAGAUCGGACUAGCUGGUGGCGCCGGCACGAAAAAAUAUCGCCUUAAAAUGGAGUUCUGAGUUCUCGAUCAAGCACUAGGCUGCUGGAGUUCCCCUGAAGUCUUUUCCGUCCGUUCCCAUCCAUCACCUGAGUUCCCCGUUCGCCUGUCUCGGGAUGGUUGGAGUUCCGAGAAAGCCAAGAAAUAGGCUUGCUGCUCGUUUCUCGAGGCCCGAGAUUAGGCGAAUGGAGAUGCUGCUCCAGCAGGGUAAUGAUGAAUUGUCGGAUCCAAAUUUUCACCAGAAGCUUGCUGACGAAUUUAAUGCUCAUGGUCGAACUGAAAAGAAAGCCAUACAAAUGCAACAGAUACAAAGAUGGUUCCUGAGCAGGCUAAACAUUGAGAAAAUUGUGGAUAUUUCUUCAUCUAAUUCUUCCAUAGAAAUGGAUCCGGCUGGGGAUGAAAGCUUGCCAAAUAAUGCACUCCAAUGUUUUGAUUUACGUGAAGACAAUUGUGAUGACAUUUCUGAAGGAUUUGAAAUGGAAUUCGAAGCCAAGUCCUACAGAGAUCAAGCAUGGUAUGAUGUUUCCACAUUUCUUGCACAUAGAGUUCUCAGUUCUGGAGAAAUUGAAGUUCGUGUGAGAUUUGCUGGUUUUGGUCCUGAUGAAGAUGAAUGGGUCAAUGUCGCAACGGCGGUUCGAGAUCGAUCCAUACCUAUGGAAGCUUCAGAAUGCUGGAGAGUUAAUGAAGGAGAUAUUCUUCUCUGUUUUCGGGAGAAAGAUGAAACUGCCUACCACUUUGAUGCACAUGUUGUUUCAAUUGAGAGAACAAGUCAUGAUAUAAGGGGCUGCAGCUGUACCUUCUUGGUACAGUAUGAUCAUGACCAGGUUGAG